GCCAGCCUGGAUGGCCGGGGACACGGGCAUGGCCGGGAAGGUGGCACUGCUCCUGUGGGCCCAGACCCUCAGCCUCGCUGGUGCCCAGACCACCCAGCUCCUGGUGCAGCCCCCCUGGACACCAGCAGUGCUGUGGGACCGGGUGACACUGACCUGCCAGGGCUCGGGGACCGCCGGUGCCACCACCUGGUACAAGGACAGGCAGAGGUGGGGACAGAACAGAGGAGACCAUGUCACUGUCACCGAGAGUGGCACCUACAGCUGUGACAGACCUGGCAGUGGGCUCAGCCCCCCCGUGACAGUCUUACAAGAUCGGCUGGUGCUGCAGGUGCCAGCACGGCCACUGCUGGAGGGGGACACGGUGACACUGCGCUGCCGGGGCUGGUGGAAUCUGUCAGUCUCCACGGUGAAAUUUUACCAAGAUGAGAAGGAUCCAGGGGGGUCCCUCAGGGGGACCGAGUUGUUCCUGCCCCCCCUGCAGCUGCACCACAGCGGCCGCUACCACUGCAGGGGCUGGCUGAGCUUGCGGCAGUCACAGUCAGCGCCGGUGACAGUGACAGUGCAGGGGGUCCCGCCCUCGGGGGUGUCCCUGUCAGCACAGCCUCCCGGGGGACAGGUGGCACUGGGGGACCGCCUGGUGCUGAGCUGCGCGGUGGCCGCAGGGACAGGUCCCCUGUCCUUCACCUGGCACCGGGGGGGCUCAGGAGCACCGCUGGGCACCGGCCCCCACCUGGAGCCGUGGGACAUUGGGGACAAUGACAGCGGCCACUAUCACUGCCGGGUCAGCGACGGGGACAGCGUGGCCGAGAUUGUCCCCCUGAAUGUCACCGUCCUGGUUGAGCGGGACGCUCGGGCUGGGGUGCCCGUGGCCAAUGCCACCAUCACCCCCGGUCCCCUGUCACACCAGGUGCACACAGGUGACCCCGUGACCCUGCGCUGCUCGGUGCAGGUGGGCUCAGCCCCUGUCACCUUCACCUGGCUGCACAAUGGGCAGGAGGUGGCCCAGGGCCCUGUCCUGGAGCUUGGGGACAUCGAUGUGACACAUUCGGGCACCUACCAGUGCGUGGCCACCAACCAGCUGGGACAGGACGGGCACCGCGUGUUCCGGGCACUCAGCCCCGAGCUGGCGCUGGAGGUGACACCACGAGGACACUGGAACACAGCAGUGGCUGCAGGGGUUGGCGGGUCCCUCCUCUUCCUGGUCCUGCUCGUGGGUGGAGUUGUUGGCUGGCACCGGUGGAACCACAUGGCUGCCAGGAAGCAGCAGGAAAGGUGAGUGGGGGGCUCAAACCACACUGUCCCCUUUGACCCCACCCCCCAAGACCCCCCAUUCCCCC